AGCAACCAGGAAGCACAAGCCGAGCUCCUGGCUGGGCUCCAUCACAGCCGCUGGCACUGAGGGAAGGAGGCGGCAACGCAGAGCAGAGCAGGCGGCGUCAGUGAGGCUUUCCAGCCUGGUGUCUCUGGUGUGCCCCUGGCAAGCAUCAAAGACUAGAUCUGCGUUAUAACUGUAAACUCGACCGGACGGGCAGGCGUGYCGGGUGGGAGGGCAKUUGCACAAGCAGCUUGCUCGCGGGUGCCUGUCUCCCUGUGCACUUUGCCCAGCUCCGGGCGCGGAUCCGGACGCCUGGGGCUGCCGGCAUCAUGAGCCUCGCCAUGCUGCGCCUCCUGAGCGAGGGYGUCUCCASCCUCUCCAUAMGGACCCUCCUGRUCUUCCUCGUCGUCUUCCUGCUCAUCGCUGACUACAUGAAGAAGAGGAAGCCCAAAAACUUCCCGCCGGGACCCUUCUCCCUCCCCUUCCUGGGGAAUAUCCUCUCCAUGGACUUCGCCGACCCUCUGAGAGGGAUCGAAAAGCUUAGUAAAAAAUAUGGGGAUAUCUUCAGCACAGACCUGGCUGGCAUGAGCUACAUURUCAUCAACAAAGUUGAGAUGGUAAAGGAGAUGCUGGUAAACCAAGGCGAAAACUUCCUAGAUCGACCAGAAGUCCCUCUUGAAACUGAACUCUUUAGCCAACGCGGGCUGAUCUCCUCUAAUGGGCAUUUAUGGAAACAGCAGAGAAGAUUUGCCCUGACCACGCUCAGAAACUUUGGCCUGGGCAAGAAGAGCUUGGGGGAGCGGAUCCAGGAGGAGUGCCGGNGUGUCCUUCCCUUGCCGCAAGGUGUCUUCCAGUUCACGGUGCCAAGUACCUCCAGAAUAACUGGUCUGGUUGUUCAAGAUUGA